AGAUGAGCUAAUGUAAAAUAUGUGGCUCCAGGCAGCAGUUAUAUUCAUCUCUGGGGCUUUUUGUUUGAGUGACUCAUCGCUUGCUGCACAAAUUUCUGACUGUCGAAUAAUCAGUGUCAGAGGAUACCUCAAAGAAGUUUGUAAAACCGAUGGAAAAUUCAAAAUUAAAUGCGCCCACUCCAACACAACUUACUUGACCUACAAAACCGACCCCAAAAUAUGCAACGAGUUGGGAUUCACUGACGUUUGUGAGAACGAUCCCUCUUACUAUCAGUUCUGCGGGUUUCCACUGUGUGAAGAACAACGAAUACCUCAGGAGGCUCCGAUGGUAUGUGGAGCGUUCAUCUGCUCUAAGGUUUACAGCACUUCAUGGGGAAGACGUUUACGACAUCUAGGUGGAAGAUCUCAAAUAAGACGGUAUGCCUGUAACGGUAUAAAAGACUGCCUCAACACGGAUAUUGAUGAACAGGUCUGUUCCAAUGACACAGCUUGGUGCGAACACAGCUACAUGGACAAAGUAGACUCCCAUAAACUGUGUGAUGGAAACUGUGACUGCAUGCUCUGUCAAGAUGAACUAGAGUGCACAACCAAUGCCUCGUUCUCCGGCACAAUAUGUCAAAAUACGUUCUACAGUAAAAGGAUGGGAAAUCAAAUAGGAGACUCCUCAAAUUGGUAUGUACCACCAGCGGCUAUUUGUGACGGUUUUAUAGAUUGUGUUGUACCUUUGGCAGCUGACGAACAGGAAUGCUCAUCAGAAAAACAUUGCACAAACUCGGAUUUAUUGGGUGCGAGGAAGAUAGCGCUUGUCCCCGGAAAUAUGUGCACUGUCCCCAAUCCCAGGUUCGAAGUAUGCAGCAACUACAUUGACCAGCUGAACUGCUCUCAUGCGUUAGAAUCUCCUCUGGUCUGCAAUGUUGAGGGUUAUGCCUCAUUUGUGUCAAAGUACGCUCUCUGUAAGGGAACUGACUUGUGUGAUGAUGGAAUUGAGAACUUGUGUGUAACCGCCGAGGGAGGGUGUCAUAUACACAAACACCAACUCUGUGACGGUCAUGAAGAUUGUAAUUCAGGGCUUGAUGAGAGCAAAGAACUGUGCUUAAUGACGAAAAUAAGUUGCCAGCGGAAAAUGUCCUACAAACGGACACAAGAGGUAACCAUUCCGAUGUCUUGGGUAAUGGAUGGAGUUGAAGAUUGUCAGAAUGGAGUUGAUGAAGACUCCUCCCAGUGGAAGUCUUGUGGAUAUGGCUGGAAAACCCGUUACACCGAGAUGGACGCUUCGUGUUUUGAGGUUUUUCUCUGUCAGAACAAACAGUUAGUUGAGUUUAGCAACCUCUGUGAUGGUAUAAUAUCGUGUCCAGACGAGAGCUCUGUCUGCAAAGCUUCUCGAUCUAAAAUUGACGUUUUUAGUAGUGUCUUGCGGAACAAAGAUGGGCUAAGAAUUGGUCAUAUUCUUCCGGGUUUACAUGAGCUGGAAAGACAGAUUUCUCCCGGAUAUACAGACGAAUAUGUUGCUGUGGACAUGCCGUUUGGAGUGUUACCUCAACCAAUACUUCGACCAAAUAACACCAAGUAUGACUGCAGACAUGUUUAUGGAGAGAUGUAUGUUUAUCUUAGUUGUUUAGGGGCCUGCCAAAAAGCUGAAUGUAUUGUCAAAAGAGUCCUUCAUGAUUCAUGCCACAACAUAAAAAUAAACCGAUUCUUUACUCUGGCGAACAAUUCAUAUCUGACAAUUGCAAGACAAAGAGAGGGAAGAUAUGUUAGUGAUCUCUUCGCAUGUGAUAAUGGAUUUUGUAUAACAUAUGAUAAAGUUUGUGACCUUGUGGAUGAUUGUGGUGACGGGUCAGACGAGGUAAAGUGUGUAAAUAACUUUCAAUGUGGGAAUGGAGAGUUUAUACCAAUAACGAGCCUGAGGGAUGGCAGUAUUGACUGCUCAGAUUUCUCUGAUGAAUGUGUUGAUCAAACUUCAGGGUCAUCGAAAAUGGACAAUAAAUUAAUACGAAGUAGAGUGUUAUCCUUCUUUGCUUGGUUAAUAGGAUCCACAGCUAUUCUGUUGAAUCUUGUCAUCAUUUUCAGAUCCAUCACGGAUAUAAAAGGCUGCCAAAGUCCAAUAAAACUAAUCAACAGAACAAUGGUGUUAAUGAUAUCUUUUGGUGACUUCCUCGUCGGAUCCUACUUGGUGGCGAUCGCCAUUGUAAAUGUUCAGAUCGGAGAAUCAUAUUGCAGGACAAGAUACAGUUGGCUCACCAGUAACAAUUGCGCAACACUCGGUAUUAUAAGUUCAUUCGGGUCUCAGGUGUCACUGUUUGCCAUGACAUAUCUGAGUCUGAACAGAGCCUUCACCGUCAGACGGAUAACAGGGAAUGAAUCUUUAACAAUGUUCAAAACUGUAAAAGUGGUUAUAUCCAUUACAGUAAUGAUCUCUAUCUCCUUAUUCAUAGCAAUAUUCCCCCUUCUUCCAUCCCAAGAAGAUUUCUUCGUUAAUGGACUGCACUAUCCAGAUCAGCCAUUAUUUGUAGGAGCCCCAUCCAAGCAGCACUACAUUAAUAUCAUUAGCAGCUACUAUCAUACCUUCAAUGUACGCAGUGGUAUGACGUGGGCGACAGUAAGGAGGCUGAUUGAGAGCAUGUUCACUAACGAUUACGGUGGAGUGAAGCCUACUAAACUGCACUUCUACGGUAAUGACGGGGUUUGCUUGUUCAAAUACUUUGUUACACCUGACGACCCACAAUGGACCUACACUGCAAUUAUUCUGUCUGUUAACAUUAUUUGCUUUGCUGUCAUUACAGCCUGCUAUAUCUUCAUUCAUUCUCUGUCAGUGCGAUCAGCCAAGUCAACUACAGCUGCAAAGACUAAAAACAACCAGAGCAAGGCAAACAAAUUCCUGGUAAACAGGAACAGAGCUCUUCAAAAAAAGUUUCAUUAAUAAUCUUCACAGAUUUCCUGUGUUGGAUUCCUUUUGUGUGCACAAGCUUUCUUCAUUAUCGUGGGAUUGUUGACGCUUCCCCUUGGUAUGCUGCCUUCUCUAUUGUCAUUCUUCCGAUUAACUCAGUUAUCAACCCCCUACUGUACGAUAACUUUGUGCAGCUGAUGUGGGAGAAAAUGAAAUAUAAUUUACCAGACAAUCCUCUUAGUGAGAAAAGCAAACAACCCACAGUAUACAUUGCUGAAAACUGCUUGUCGCUGGAGACUAAGGUUUUAGUGGUUGAUACUGUGCAGAAUUUAGCUGCUCCCAGUAUUGAACUUGCCAAUGUUCCUCACUCCACAGCGAACAAUCAGUAUAGUAAUCUUGGUCAUACUGAAAACGUAGAAGACACCAACAUGUAAUCUGAUCUUAUUGAUAUGAUGAAUAAUAUUUUUUAUUUUUUAUUCGAUAGUGUACACGUUUUCAUAAUUUAAUAUUAUUGAUUUAUUGUC